CUUUGCUGUUUGACAACUCAUCUACAUCGACCGUUUCGUUCGCACGAGUGCAGUUUUGACUCUCUUAUCAUCCAUCGCCAGUGAGGUUGGGAUUGCAUCGAGGAGCGUGCGGCGCGGACCUGGUCCAUUACUCCAAUACUCUUCACCUCUUAGGCAGGGUUAUACGCACGCAUACGACAAAAUCGGAAAGAAAACCAAAGUCACAAAGAGAUCAACCAGAAAUCAUGUUGAGGAAAGUCUUUGAUAUCGGAUUUCGAGUCUGGGAGUUGCUAUGGUCAAUCCUUGUAAUGGCCAUGAUUGGCAACAUCAUCGCCAUGGCCGACUCCGGCAACCCAGCAACAGUUAACUACGGCAUGUUCUGUGCUGCGUUCUCCCUGGUAUCGCUCUUCUACCUGUUUCCAGCAACGAUCAACUCAGACUGGUCAUUGCACCCGAUCCUCAUGAUCAUCCUUGAUCUUCUUAAUGCAAUCUUCUUCCUAUCAGAGGGUAUCGCCUUGGCCGCCAGGCUGGAGUGUCACAGCUGCAACAAUCGGCAUUACCUCCUCCAUAACGGGAUCACCAACGGCGCCAAGCAUCGUUUGACGCAGCGCUGCCGUGAGGCACAGGCCGCUGUUGCAUUCCUCUGGUUCUGCUGGUUCGGAUACACGGUGUCUCUCGUCUUCUCUAUCAUAACUGCCAGCAAGUUCCGCGGUGUCAAUCUACGGUCACGCGGUCGUCGUGCCAGUGGACGUCCUGGAAUGGCUCAAGUUUAACUUAUGCUUGUUAGUUUUGGACUUGGACUCGACAAUCCACGGUGAGAGUGGUAUUAUGGGGUGUCGAUAUCCAGUGGAGAUGAAAAUGAAUUCAAAAGACCCAAAAAAAUUUCCUUCGACAGUGGAAAAUGGAAAAGAAAUGAGAAAGGAAAGGAUCACGCCAUCACGUUCUCAUCUACAACGACGACACUUCCGUAAUUAUCUCGACUUAAUCUAAUACUUUUCUUUCUUUCGGAUAUGGGGAAGCAGCUAGCUGAUGAAAGGAGGGAUCAUGAAGCGGUGGGGUUGUUAAUUGUUGUUCUUUACUUCGCAGAUAAAGAAUUCCUGUAUUUGGUACGUUCCAAUUAAUAUUCAACCUUUUCAACGGGAUGUUUCCG